GCAGCAAGAAGAAGACGUUUUGCAUUUUGGGUGAAAAAAUCUUUGUUUAUUUCCUAAAAUGAGUAAUAAAUCGUCAAAAAAUAGCAGCGCUGCUAGCAGCAUGCUAUACGGCUCUAGCAUAUCAGCCGAAUCGAUGAAAGUGAUAGCCGAAAGCAUUGGUGUGGGCUCCCUAUCAGAUGAUGCCGCCAAGGAGCUCGCCGAAGAUGUGUCCAUCAAACUAAAGCGAAUUGUACAGGAUGCCGCCAAGUUCAUGCACCACGCCAAGCGACAGAAGCUGUCGGUUAAGGAUAUCGACAUGUCGCUCAAAGUGCGCAACAUAGAGCCACAAUAUGGGUUUGUGGCCAAGGAUUUUAUACCAUUUCGCUUUGCGUCUGGAGGCGGGCGAGAAUUGCACUUUACUGAGGACAAAGAGAUUGACUUAAGUGAAAUAGCCGGCAAUAGUUCGGUAAAGAUACCUCUGGAUUUGACGCUACGCUCCCAUUGGUUUGUCGUGGAGGGUAUACAGCCCACAGUACCGGAGAAUCCGCCGCCCCUCUCCAAGGAUUCACAAUUCCUGGACUCUGUUAAUCCUGUUAUCAAGCUGGAUCAAGGACUUAACAAAGAUGCUGCCGGCAAGCCCACCACCGGUAAAAUUCACAAACUCAAGAACGUGGAGACGAUACACGUCAAGCAACUGGCAACGCACGAAUUGUCCGUGGAACAGCAGCUAUACUACAAAGAGAUCACAGAGGCGUGUGUCGGCUCGGAUGAGCCGCGUCGUGCCGAAGCGUUGCAAUCGCUCGGCUCUGAUCCUGGCCUGCAUGAAAUGCUUCCCCGCAUGUGUACCUUCAUUGCCGAAGGCGUUAAAGUUAAUGUCGUUCAAAAUAAUCUAGCGCUCUUGAUCUAUUUAAUGCGCAUGGUGCGCGCCCUGCUUGACAAUCCAUCGCUCUUCCUAGAAAAAUACCUGCAUGAACUGAUACCUUCCGUGAUGACAUGCAUUGUAUCCAAACAGCUCUGCAUGCGUCCAGAACUGGACAAUCAUUGGGCAUUGCGGGAUUUCGCCUCUCGGCUCAUGGCUCAAAUUUGCAAAACAUUCAAUACACUCACAAAUAAUUUGCAAACUCGUGUAACGCGCAUCUUCAGCAAGGCUCUGCAAAACGACAAGACACAUUUAUCAUCUUUGUAUGGAUCCAUUGCGGGCUUAGCGGAGCUGGGCGGUGAAGUGAUCAAAGUAUUUAUCAUACCACGUCUUAAAUUCAUCUCUGAACGCAUUGAGCCACAUCUGCUGGGCACAUCGAUGAGCAACACAGAUAAAACCGCUGCUGGUCACAUACGCGCCAUGCUCCAGAAAUGCUGCCCGCCAAUCCUCAAACAAAUGCGAAGUGCCCCGGACAUUGGCGAGGAGUACAAGAUAGAUUUUGGUUUUCUGGGUCCGUCGCUCUGCCAAGCUGUGGUCAAGGUGCGUAAUGCACCCGCCAAUAGCACUGUCACCCUUGCCUCCAGUAGCAUCAGCACGGCGCCCAUAACAAGCGCCGCUCAAACGGCCACGACAAUCGGACGUGUUUCCAUGCCCAACUCACAAAGGCAAAGUAGCCCUGUGGUUGCCGCGCUGCCGCAAAUACGCGCCAUUCAAGCGAAUCAACCACCGCAAAAGUUUGUGAUUGUCACACAGAACUCACCACAGCAACAGUCGCAGGCCAAGGUGGUGCGCCGUGGCAGCUCACCGCACAGUGUGGUCCUGUCAUCGUCGUCGGCGAAUGGCGCCAAUGCAUCCAAUUCAAACUCAUCCUCGACCGGGAGCGUUGGUGGCGGUGCAAAUAGUUUGUUAACGGCUCGCAGCAAUGAUAAUAGCAUUGUGGAUGACAAUUCGUUGAUCAUUGAAACGGAAAUAGUGCGUGCACCGCCCGAGCUGGAUGACUUAUCACAUCUGGAGUAGCCUUAUCAAUCCAACACAACACCUACAAUCCCAUCCCCCAACCACCAACCGCCUGUUAGUUAUUUAAGAGACAAAUUAAGUGUAUAUCACAUGCAAUAAACGGCAAACAAUUGAACAAGC